AUGGAAGCAGCUCAUCCGUACUACCCGCUGGACGCAAAGGUCAUCGGCUACCUGGCCAACGACUGGGACGUCCCGACGCUGGUAUGCGCGUUCCUCGGCGGAUGGGGAGCGCUGCUGCUCCUGACGCUCGCGGUCGUCUCGAUGGCUCGUCCAGGCAUGAAGACGGCGGAUAAGAUGGCCAUCCUGUGGUUUGUCCUCAGCGGAAGCAUCCAUUUCUUCUUUGAAGGAUAUUUCGUGUACAAUCACACUCGCAUGGCGCCCGCGCAGGACUUCUUCGGACAGCUGUGGAAGGAAUAUUCUCUCUCGGACUCGCGAUAUCUGACCUCUGACCCCUUCGUCCUCUGCAUGGAGACCAUCACCGCGGUCUGCUGGGGACCGCUGUGCUUCCUGCUCGCGUACUUCAUCACCGUCGACCAUCCGCUGCGCCAUUCGUUCCAGGUCAUCGUCUCGCUCGGCCAGAUCUACGGGGACAUCCUGUACUAUGCCACCAGCAUGUUCGACCACUACUUCAACGAGGUCAGCUACUGCCGGCCAGAGGGAUACUACUUUUGGUUCUACUACUUCACCAUGAACGCCAUCUGGAUCGUGGUCCCGGCCUUCUACAUGUGCGAGAGCGUGGGAAUCAUCACCAAGUCGAUCCAGUUCAUGCAAAGGGCCACCCAGGGCCGCAAGUCUCAAUGA